UCCAACCACUCUGCUCAGCCCAGAGGAGCAGCCACACAGAAAAAAAGUUUUAAAUCAACUCAGAGCAGAGGAGGGAGGGAGAGAGGGGGGUGAAAACGCCCUGGAAACUUGGUUGACUGAGAAAUAGGAAAAGAGUGUCAGAAUCCUAACAGACAGCAAAGUUGUAACUGGAAGAAGUGCUUUUCUUGGGCUGGGGAGAAGUGGAGGGGACACGUUUUCAAGGAUGCUCAAGCUGGUGUGAGGCUUCUUGGGCGCAAAGACUGCGCACAGAAGUCAAGAAUACAAGUACCAGAGCAUCAGAUUGAAGCCCUUGGCCUUGCUUGAGCAAUCCAAGGAAAACCCAGAUACAGUUUCCAUCACACCAGAGGAAAUAAAUAGAGGAAAUCAAAAACAAGAUGGCUGAAGAGGAGGAAACCAGGGAGGUGCUCUUUCCAGAUUGGGAGGGUCCAGACAAAACUGGAUUGACCAUUGAACAGACAGGAGGAGAGAUCUUUGUGAAGGAGGUGAAAGGAGAGUCACCUGCAGCACGGUCUGGAAAAGUAUAUCAAGGUGACCAGAUUGUAGGCGCCACUGUCUACUUUGAUAACAUGAGCUCAGAAGAAACAGCUGAGCUACUGAAGACAUUAAACCGGCACAAGGUUGGACUGAAAUUACAAAACAAAGGAGAUAAAUCCCCUUACUGCUCGCCCUUGAGCACACCAUGUCGUUCACCAAUGGGAACCCUGACAUGGGAAGGGAAGACCCGGUUUGGAGGUUCCAGUCCAGACAUCAUCCUUAGUGGGGAUGAUGAUGACUAUAAAAGAAUAUACACAAAAAAGAUUAAACCAAGACUGAAGUCUGAAGACCUUGCAGAGGGAGUAGAUGUUCGCACGGAGCGGCACAGCAGCACAAGCAGCGAUGGCAGCACAAUUACUACCAUCACCCGCCGCAUCACUACCUACACUGUGGAUAUGCCAGGUGGCAUAAGUGAGCAACUUGAACUUUCAAGCCCAGAGUUCAAGGGGCUUAGGCACGAAUCUGGAGAUGGCUCUCCUCAUAUCAGAAUCUCACAUGGCAGCCCUUCAGGUAAAGUGGGAGCAGAAGAGGGAGUUUUUGAGUCAAGCAAUGUCUCUUACACUGGGCCCCAAGUUAGUUCCACAGAGACACGCUGGGGCAGUGGGGGAGUUCAGACGACAACAAUUAUAAGAGAGGGAGAAAGAGAAAGAGUUACAGGUCUCAAAUUUAAAGGGCCUAAUUUAGGAGUAGCAGGGGGUAAAGGCCAGGGAGGCUUUGAGAUCUCAAGAGGGAGUGGAGAGCAGGGAGAUGGAAGCAUUCAGGUGUCAGAAACAAGCACGACAUUAAGAGACAGCACAAACACUGGUAGUAGGCAUAUUACAUUUGGAGGGUUGGGAAAUGCAGAGGUAACCUCAACUGAUGAGAAUGGAGGGUCAGUUAGUCUGUUUUUACCAGGAAAAAGCAUGCAUAUUUUGACUUCAACCACAGAUAAAACACAGAAGGGAAGUAUUGAUUUAGGUGAGAGGACAAAGGUGAAAGUAUCUGAAACUACCAUCGGUCACCCGCAGGCAAAGGGAUCAGAUAGUAUUGGUAUGUCGAAUGUAAGACUUGGUGGAGGUCACAUAGGUACUGAUACUGAAUUGAGAGGUGGCAGGAUAGGAGGAUCAGCAAUAACAGUAGGCAGUGUUACCUCAGGUUAUUCCUCAGGGCCAGGCAAGAUUUCAGUGGCAGGUGUAGAUGUCAAUCUUACAGGUUCAAAGUUGAAAGGUGAGGUUGACCUGCCAAGCACAAUGGGAGGAAUAAAAGCAUCUGGUAUAGACACUGAUGUUCCAGGCUAUGAAACUGAGGGAAGUGUGAGUGGCAUAAAAACGUCAACCAUCAAGAUGCCCGUGUUUGGAAUGAAAGAAAUCAAGAAAGAGGGAACUAGUGUUGAAGUUAAACUAAGUGGUGAUGCGGAUAUGUCAGUACCUGUAACACAUGAAGAGGUGCAAAAACCAGAACUAGACAUCAAACGGACAGAUAUACAGAUCAAAGGUCCUAGUGCUAACAUUGCAGGGUCAGUUGGCAAUGUACAUGACAUUAAAGGUCCCACUAUAAAUAUUGAGGGGAAAGAAGGCGAUUUAAAAAUGCCUCAGAUAAAGACACUAUCAUUUGGGUCCACAGGACCAAAGGUUGCUGUUAAAGCUCCUGAGGUUGACAUUAAAGCACCAAAAGGUGAUAGUGGGGGCUCUGAUGUAAAAACUGAAAGUCUGAAAUUCAAGAUGGGUUCCAAAACAGGACCUACAAUGCCAGAAUGGGAUAUAAGUCUGAAAGAAACUAAACGGGAUGUGGAUGUGUCAGUUCCAAAGAUUGAGGGAGACACAACAAAACCUGCAGUUGAGAUCAAAGGAUCAGCAGUUGACAUCGAAAAACAUAAAGGUGGAUUUGAGAUGCCUAAACUCAAAAUGCCAUCAUUUGGCUUUACAGGUCCUAAGGCGGAAGCUACAGAUGUUGAUAUAAAAGUUACAAAAGCGGAAAUUGAUGUCAAGGCACCUGAGGUUCAUGUUAAAGCAUCCAAAGUUAAUGUUGAAAGCCCAGAUGUAGACAUAGACGCUCCCAAGGUGGACAUUGACAUUGAGGGACCUGAAGGUGGCUUUAACCAGCCAAAAUCUACAAUGAAAUCCACUGGCCUGAAAGGUCCGAAGCUUGAAGGAGGUGUGACUGUAUCUGUACCAAAGAUUAAGGGAGACAUAAAAGCACCUGGAAUUGACAUCAAAGGUCCACAAAUUGAUAUUACAGGGACAAAUGGUGGUGUUGAAAUUCCAAAAAUCAAAAUUCCUGAAGUGGAGCAUGAAGUACCAGAUGUUGACAUUGAGGGACAUAAAAGUGGAUUUAAAAUACCUAAAGUAAAAAUUCCAUCAUUUGGAAUUAAAGGUCCAAAAGUGGAGGGGCCAGAAGUCAACGUUGUUUGUCCAAAAGCUGACAUGAAUGUGAACGCUCCUGAAGUGGACAUUGAGGGCAGUGGUAAUAUGAAAGGAUCAAAAUUCAAAGUGCCAUCACUUUCAGGACAGAAAAUCUCCAUGCCAGAUGUGGAUUUACAUGUCAAAGGGCCCAAACUCAAAGGUGAUGUGGAUGUGUCAGGGCCAAAGAUUGAAGGGGACAUAAAAACACUUGAUGUUGAUGUUAAAGUUCCGGAGGUGGAUAUAGAGGGUCCAAAAGGUGAAUUUGAAAUGCCGAAAAUCAAAAUGCCAUCAUUUGGCUUCAAAGGUCCAAAAGGGGAGGGUCCAGAUGUUGAUAUAAACCUUCCCAAAGGAAACAUUGACAUGAAAGCCCCUGCUGUUGACAUUAAAGGGCCAGAGGUUGACAUAGAAGGACCGGAUGCAAAACUGAAAGGAACCAAAUUCAGCAUGCCAACAAUUUCAGGACCGAAACUUUCCAUGCCAGAUGUGGAUUUUAAUUUGAAAGGUCCAAAACUCAAAGGUAAUGUGGAUAUGUCAGCGCCAAAGAUCAAAGGAGACGUUAAAACGCCUGAGUUUGACAUCAAAGGUCCACAGGUUGAUAUUGAAGGUCCAAAAGGUGGAUUUGAAAUGCCUAAAAUCAAAAUGCCAUCAUUUGGCUUUAAAGGUCCAAAAGUGGAGGGUCCAGAUGUUGAUAUAAACCUUCCCAAAGCAAAAAUUGACGUGAAAGCACCUGCUGUUGACAUUAAAGGGCCAGAGGUGGACAUCGAAGGCCCAGAUGCAAAGCUCAAAGGAACCAAAUUCAGCAUGCCAACCAUUACAGGACCAAAACCUUCCAUGCCAGAUGUGGAUUUAAAACUGAAAGGUCCCAAACUCAAAGGUGAUGUGGAUAUGUCAGCGCCAAAGAUCGAAGGAGACAUUAAAACACCUGAGUUUGACAUCAAAGGUCCACAGGUUGAUAUUGAAGGUCCGAAAGGUGGAUUUGAAAUGCCUAAAAUCAAAAUGCCAUCAUUUGGCUUUAAAGGUCCAAAAGUGGAGGGUCCAGAUGUUGAUAUAAACCUUCCCAAAACAAACAUUGACGUGAAAGCACCUGCUGUUGACAUUAAAGGGCCAGAGGUGGACAUCGAAGGCCCAGAUGCAAAGCUCAAAGGAACCAAAUUCAGCAUGCCAACCAUUACAGGACCAAAACCUUCUAUGCCAGAUGUGGAUUUAAAACUGAGAGGUCCCAAACUCAAAGGUGAUGUGGACAUGUCAGCGCCAAAGAUCGAAGGAGACAUUAAAACACCUGAGUUUGACAUCAAAGGUCCACAGGUUGAUAUUGAAGGUCCGAAAGGUGGAUUUGAAAUGCCUAAAAUCAAAAUGCCAUCAUUUGGCUUUAAAGGUCCAAAAGUGGAGGGUCCAGAUGUUGAUAUAAACCUUCCCAAAACAAACAUUGACGUGAAAGCACCUGCUGUUGACAUUAAAGGACCAGAGGUGGACAUCGACGGGCCGGAUGCAAAGCUAAAAGGACCCAAAUUCAGCAUGCCAACCAUUUCAGGACCAAAACUUUCCAUGCCUGAUGUGGAUUUCAAGCUGAAAGGUCCCAAACUCAAAGGUGAUGUGGAUAUGUCAGCGCCAAAGAUCGAAGGAGACAUUAAAACACCUGAGUUUGACAUCAAAGGUCCACAGGUUGAUAUUGAAGGUCCGAAAGGUGGAUUUGAAAUGCCUAAAAUCAAAAUGCCAUCAUUUGGCUUUAAAGGUCCAAAAGUGGAGGGUCCAGAUGUUGAUAUAAACCUUCCCAAAACAAACAUUGACGUGAAAGCACCUGCUGUUGACAUUAAAGGACCAGAGGUGGACAUCGACGGGCCGGAUGCAAAGCUAAAAGGACCCAAAUUCAGCAUGCCAACCAUUUCAGGACCAAAACUUUCCAUGCCUGAUGUGGAUUUCAAGCUGAAAGGUCCCAAACUCAAAGGUGAUGUAGAUAUGUCAGCGCCAAAGAUCGAAAGAGACAUUAAAACACCUGAGUUUGACAUCAAAGGUCCACAGGUUGAUAUUGAAGGUCCGAAAGGUGGAUUUGAAAUGCCUAAAAUCAAAAUGCCAUCAUUUGGCUUUAAAGGUCCAAAAGUGGAGGGUCCAGAUGUUGAUAUAAACCUUCCCAAAACAAACAUUGACGUGAAAGCACCUGCUGUUGACAUUAAAGGGCCAGAGGUAGACAUUGAAGGCCCAGAUGCAAAGCUCAAAGGAACCAAAUUCAGCAUGCCAACCAUUACAGGACCAAAACUUUCCAUGCCAGAUGUGGAUUUAAAACUGAAAGGUCCCAAAAUCAAAGGUGAUGUGGAUAUGUCAGCGCCAAAGAUCGAAGGAGACAUUAAAACACCUGAGUUUGACAUCAAAGGUCCACAGGUUGAUAUUGAAGGUCCGAAAGGUGGAUUUGAACUGCCUAAAAUCAAAAUGCCAUCAUUUGGCUUUAAAGGUCCAAAAGUGGAGGGUCCAGAUGUUGAUAUAAACCUUCCAAAAGCAAACAUUGACGUGAAAGCACCUGCUGUUGACAUUAAAGGGCCAGAAGUUGACAUAGAAGGACCGGAUGCAAAACUAAAAGGACCCAAAUUCAGCAUGCCAACCAUUUCAGGACCAAAACUUUCCAUGCCAGAUGUGGAUUUCAAUUUGAAAGGUCCCAAACUCAAAGGUGAUGUGGAUAUGUCAGCGCCAAAGAUCGAAGGAGACGUUAAAACACCGAAGGUUGACAUGAAAGGUCCAGAGGCUGAUAUUAAAGGGCCAAAGGGUGGAUUUGAAAUGCCUAACAUCAAAAUGCCAUCCAUUUCAGGACCCAAGAUGCCAGAUUGGGAUAUUAAUUUGAAAGGACCCAAAAUAAAGGGAGAUGUCGACUUAUCAGCUCAAAAGAUUGAGGGUGACAUAAAAGCUCCCAAGGUUGACAUUGAAGGACCUGAUGUUGACAUCGAGGGCCACAAAGGAGGAUUUAAAAUGCCUAAAUUUAAAAUGCCAUCCUUUGGGCUGAAAGGCCCAAACGUUGAAGGGCCAGAUGUUGAUGUCAGCAUGCCGAAAGCUGAUAUUGAUAUCAAAGCACCUGAUGUUAACAUUACAGGACCAGAGGUUGACAUAGAAGGACCGGAUGCAAAACUGAAAGGACCCAAAUUCAGCAUGCCAACAAUUUCAGGACCAAAACUUUCCAUGCCAGAUGUGGAUUUCAAACUGAAAGGUCCCAAACUCAAAGGUGAUGUAGAUAUGUCAGUGCCAAAGAUAGAGGGAGACAUUAAAACACCGAAGGUUGACAUUAAAGGUCCAGAGGCUGAUAUUAAAGGGCCAAAGGGUGGAUUUGAAAUGCCUAAUAUCAAAAUGCCAUCAAUAUCAGGACCCAAGAUGCCAGAUUGGGAUAUUAAUCUGAAAGGACCCAAAAUAAAGGGAGAUGUCGACGUGUCGGUUCCAAAGAUUGAGGGUGACAUAAAAGCUCCCAAGGUUGACAUUGAAGGACCUGAUGUUGACAUCGAGGGCCACAAAGGAGGAUUUAAAAUGCCUAAAUUUAAAAUGCCAUCCUUCGGGUUGAAAGGUCCAAAUCUCGAAGGGCCAGAAGUUGAUGUCAGCAUGCCGAAAGCUGAUAUUGAUAUUAAAGCACCUGAUGUUAACAUUACAGGACCAGAGGUUGACAUAGAAGGACCGGAUGCAAAACUGAAAGGACCCAAAUUCAGCAUGCCAACAAUUUCAGGACCAAAACUUUCCAUGCCAGAUGUGGAUUUCAAACUGAAAGGUCCCAAACUCAAAGGUGAUGUAGAUAUGUCAGUGCCAAAGAUAGAGGGAGACAUUAAAACACCGAAGGUUGACAUUAAAGGUCCAGAGGCUGAUAUUAAAGGGCCAAAGGGUGGAUUUGAAAUGCCUAACAUCAAAAUGCCAUCAAUAUCAGGACCCAAGAUGCCAGAUUGGGAUAUUAAUCUGAAAGGACCCAAAAUAAAGGGAGAUGUCGACGUGUCGGUUCCAAAGAUAGAGGGUGACAUAAAAGCUCCCAAGGUCAAUAUUGAAGGACCAGAUGUUGACAUUGAGGGCCACAAAGGAGGAUUUAAAAUGCCUAAAUUUAAAAUGCCAUCCUUCGGGGUGAAAGGUCCAAAUCUCGAAGGGCCAGAAGUGGAUGUCAGCAUGCCGAAAGCUGAUAUUGAUAUUAAAGCACCUGAUGUUGACAUUAAAGGACCAGAGGUUGACAUAGAAGGACCAGAUGCAAAACUGAAAGGACCCAAAUUCAGCAUGCCAACAAUUUCAGGACCAAAACUUUCCAUGCCAGAUGUGGAUUUCAAACUGAAAGGUCCCAAACUCAAAGGUGAUGUGGAUAUGUCAGCGCCAAAGAUCGAAGGAGACAUUAAAACACCGAAGGUUGACAUUAAAGGUCCAGAGGCUGAUAUUAAAGGGCCAAAGGGUGGAUUUGAAAUGCCUAACAUCAAAAUGCCAUCAAUAUCAGGACCCAAGAUGCCAGAUUGGGAUAUUAAUCUGAAAGGACCCAAAAUAAAGGGAGAUGUUGACAUGUCAGUUCCAAAGAUUGAGGGUGACAUAAAAGCUCCCAAGGUCGAAAUUGAAGGACCAGAUGUUGACAUCGAGGGCCACAAAGGAGGAUUUAAAAUGCCUAAAUUUAAAAUGCCAUCCUUUGGGCUGAAAGGCCCAAACGUUGAAGGGCCAGAUGUUGAUGUCAGCCUCCCAAAAGCUGAUAUUGAUAUUAAAGCCCCUGAAAUGGAAAUCAAAGGACCAGAAAUGGACAUUGACAGUCCAAGUGGAAAAAUCAAAGGACCCAAAUUCAGCAUGCCAACCAUUUCAGGACCAAAACUUUCCAUGCCAGAUGUGGAUUUCAAUUUGAAAGGUCCCAAACUCAAAGGUGAUGUGGAUAUGUCAGCGCCAAAGAUCAAAGGAGACAUUAAAACACCGAAGGUUGACAUUAAAGGUCCAGAGGCUGAUAUUAAAGGGCCAAAGGGUGGAUUUGAAAUGCCUAAUAUCAAAAUGCCAUCAAUAUCAGGACCCAAGAUGCCAGAUUGGGAUAUUAAUCUGAAAGGACCCAAAAUAAAGGGAGAUGUCGACGUGUCAGUUCCAAAGAUAGAGGGUGACAUAAAAGCUCCCAAGGUCGAUAUUGAAGGACCAGAUGUUGACAUCGAGGGCCACAAAGGAGGAUUUAAAAUGCCUAAAUUUAAAAUGCCAUCCUUUGGGCUGAAAGGCCCAAACGUUGAAGGGCCAGAUGUUGAUGUCAGCCUCCCAAAAGCUGAUAUUGAUAUUAAAGCCCCUGAAAUGGAAAUCAAAGGACCAGAAAUUGACAUUGACAGUCCAAGUGGAAAAAUCAAAGGACCCAAAUUCAGCAUGCCAACGAUUUCAGGACCAAAACUUUCCAUGCCAGAUGUGGAUUUCAAUUUGAAAGGUCCCAAACUCAAAGGUGAUGUAGAUAUGUCAGCGCCAAAGAUCAAAGGAGACAUUAAAACACCGAAGGUUGACAUUAAAGGUCCAGAGGCUGAUAUUAAAGGGCCAAAGGGUGGAUUUGACAUGCCUAAUAUCAAAAUGCCAUCAAUAUCAGGACCCAAGAUGCCAGAUUGGGAUAUUAAUCUGAAAGGACCCAAAAUAAAGGGAGAUGUCGACGUGUCAGUUCCAAAGAUAGAGGGUGACAUAAAAGCUCCCAAGGUUGAUAUUGAAGGACCAGAUGUUGACAUUGAGGGCCACAAAGGAGGAUUUAAAAUGCCUAAAUUUAAAAUGCCAUCCUUUGGGAUGAAAGGUCCACAUCUCGAAGGGCCAGAAGUUGAUGUCAGCCUCCCAAAAGCUGAUAUUGAUAUUAAAGCCCCUGAAAUGGAAAUCAAAGGACCAGAUAUUGACAUUGACAGUCCAAGUGGAAAAAUCAAAGGACCCAAAUUCAGCAUGCCAACAAUUUCAGGACCGAAACUUUCCAUGCCAGAUGUGGAUUUCAAGCUGAAAGGUCCCAAACUCAAAGGUGAUGUGGAUAUGUCAGCGCCAAAGAUCGAAGGAGACGUUAAAACACCGAAGGUUGACAUUAAAGGUCCAGAGGCCGAUAUUAAAGGGCCAAAGGGUGGAUUUGAAAUGCCUAACAUCAAAAUGCCAUCAAUAUCAGGACCCAAGAUGCCAGACUGGGAUAUUAAUCUGAAAGGACCCAAAAUAAAGGGAGAUGUCGACGUGUCAGUUCCAAAGAUAGAGGGUGACAUAAAAGCUCCCAAGGUCGAUAUUGAAGGACCAGAUGUUGACAUCGAGGGCCACAAAGGAGGAUUUAAAAUGCCUAAAUUUAAAAUGCCAUCCUUUGGGCUGAAAGGCCCAAACGUUGAAGGGCCAGAAGUUGAUGUCAGCAUGCCGAAAGCUGAUAUUGAUAUCAAAGCACCUGAUGUUGACAUUAAAGGACCAGAGGUUGACAUAGAAGGACCGGACGCAAAACUGAAAGGACCCAAAUUCAGCAUGCCAACCAUUUCAGGACCAAAACUUUCCAUGCCAGAUGUGGAUUUCAAACUGAAAGGUCCCAAACUCAAAGGUGAUGUGGAUAUGUCAGUACCAAAGAUCGAAGGAGACGUUAAAACACCGAAGGUUGACGUUAAAGGUCCAGAGGCUGAUAUUAAAGGGCCAAAGGGUGGAUUUGAAAUGCCUAACAUCAAAAUGCCAUCAAUAUCAGGACCCAAGAUGCCAGAUUGGGAUAUUAAUCUGAAAGGACCCAAAAUAAAGGGAGAUGUCGACGUGUCAGUUCCAGAGAUUGAGGGUGACAUAAAAGCUCCCAAGGUCGAUAUUGAAGGACCAGAUGUUAACAUCGAGGGCCACAAAGGAGGAUUUAAAAUGCCUAAAUUUAAAAUGCCAUCCUUUGGGCUGAAAGGCCCAAACGUUGAAGGGCCAGAUGUUGAUGUCAGCCUCCCAAAAGCUGAUAUUGAUAUUAAAGCCCCUGAAAUGGAAAUCAAAGGACCAGAUAUUGACAUUGACAGUCCAAGUGGAAAAAUCAAAGGACCCAAAUUCAGCAUGCCAACCAUUUCAGGACCGAAACUUUCCAUGCCAGAUGUGGAUUUCAAGCUGAAAGGUCCCAAACUCAAAGGUGAUGUGGAUAUGUCAGUGCCAAAGAUCGAAGGAGACAUUAAAACACCGAAGGUUGACAUUAAAGGUCCAGAGGCUGAUAUUAAAGGGCCAAAGGGUGGAUUUGAAAUGCCUAACAUCAAAAUGCCAUCAAUUUCAGGACCCAAGAUGCCAGAUUGGGAUAUUAAUCUGAAAGGACCCAAAAUAAAGGGAGAUGUCGACGUGUCAGUUCCAAAGAUAGAGGGUGACAUAAAAGCUCCCAAGGUCGAUAUUGAAGGACCAGAUGUUGACAUCGAGGGCCACAAAGGAGGAUUUAAAAUGCCUAAAUUUAAAAUGCCAUCCUUCGGAGUGAAAGGUCCAAAUAUUGAAGGGCCAGAAGUUGACGUCAGCAUGCCGAAAGCUGAUAUUGAUAUUAAAGCACCUGAUGUUGACAUUAAAGGACCAGAGGUUGACAUAGAAGGACCGGAUGCAAAACUAAAAGGACCCAAAUUCAGCAUGCCAACAAUUUCAGGACCAAAACUUUCCAUGCCUGAUGUGGAUUUCAAGCUGAAAGGUCCCAAACUCAAAGGUGAUGUGGAUAUGUCAGCGCCAAAGAUCGAAGGAGACAUUAAAGGUCCAGAGGCUGAUAUUAAAGGGCCAAAGGGUGGAUUUGAAAUGCCUAACAUCAAAAUGCCAUCAAUUUCAGGACCCAAGAUGCCAGAUUGGGAUAUUAAUCUGAAAGGACCCAAAAUAAAGGGAGAUGUCGACGUGUCAGUUCCAAAGAUUGAGGGUGACAUAAAAGCUCCCAAGGUCGAUAUUGAAGGACCAGAUGUUGACAUCGAGGGCCACAAAGGAGGAUUUAAAAUGCCUAAAUUUAAAAUGCCAUCCUUUGGGAUGAAAGGUCCAAAUCUCGAAGGGCCAGAUGUUGAUGUCAGCCUCCCAAAAGCUGAUAUUGAUAUUAAAGUCCCUGACAUGGAAAUCAAAGGACCAGAAAUUGACAUUGACAGUCCAAGUGGAAAAAUCAAAGGACCCAAAUUCAACAUGCCAACUAUUUCAGGACCAAAACUUUCCAUGCCAGAUGUGGAUUUCAAUUUGAAAGGUCCCAAACUCAAAGGUGAUGUGGAUAUGUCAGCGCCAAAGAUCGAAGGAGACAUUAAAACACCAAAGGUUGACAUUAAAGGUCCAGAGGCUGAUAUUAAAGGGCCAAAGGGUGGAUUUGAAAUGCCUAACAUCAAAAUGCCAUCAAUAUCAGGACCCAAGAUGCCAGAUUGGGAUAUUAAUCUGAAAGGACCCAAAAUAAAGGGAGAUGUCGACGUGUCAGUUCCAAAGAUAGAGGGUGACAUAAAAGCUCCCAAGGUCGAUAUUGAAGGACCAGAUGUUGACAUCGAGGGCCACAAAGGAGGAUUUAAAAUGCCUAAAUUUAAAAUGCCAUCCUUUGGGCUGAAAGGCCCAAACGUUGAAGGGCCAGAUGUUGAUGUCAGCCUCCCAAAAGCUGAUAUUGAUAUUAAAGCCCCUGAAAUGGAAAUCAAAGGACCAGAAAUUGACAUUGACAGUCCAAGUGGAAAAAUCAAAGGACCCAAAUUCAGCAUGCCAACGAUUUCAGGACCAAAACUUUCCAUGCCAGAUGUGGAUUUCAAUUUGAAAGGUCCCAAACUCAAAGGUGAUGUAGAUAUGUCAGCGCCAAAGAUCAAAGGAGACAUUAAAACACCGAAGGUUGACAUUAAAGGUCCAGAGGCUGAUAUUAAAGGGCCAAAGGGUGGAUUUGACAUGCCUAAUAUCAAAAUGCCAUCAAUAUCAGGACCCAAGAUGCCAGAUUGGGAUAUUAAUCUGAAAGGACCCAAAAUAAAGGGAGAUGUCGACGUGUCAGUUCCAAAGAUAGAGGGUGACAUAAAAGCUCCCAAGGUUGAUAUUGAAGGACCAGAUGUUGACAUUGAGGGCCACAAAGGAGGAUUUAAAAUGCCUAAAUUUAAAAUGCCAUCCUUUGGGAUGAAAGGUCCACAUCUCGAAGGGCCAGAAGUUGAUGUCAGCCUCCCAAAAGCUGAUAUUGAUAUUAAAGCCCCUGAAAUGGAAAUCAAAGGACCAGAUAUUGACAUUGACAGUCCAAGUGGAAAAAUCAAAGGACCCAAAUUCAGCAUGCCAACAAUUUCAGGACCGAAACUUUCCAUGCCAGAUGUGGAUUUCAAGCUGAAAGGUCCCAAACUCAAAGGUGAUGUGGAUAUGUCAGCGCCAAAGAUCGAAGGAGACGUUAAAACACCGAAGGUUGACAUUAAAGGUCCAGAGGCCGAUAUUAAAGGGCCAAAGGGUGGAUUUGAAAUGCCUAACAUCAAAAUGCCAUCAAUAUCAGGACCCAAGAUGCCAGACUGGGAUAUUAAUCUGAAAGGACCCAAAAUAAAGGGAGAUGUCGACGUGUCAGUUCCAAAGAUAGAGGGUGACAUAAAAGCUCCCAAGGUCGAUAUUGAAGGACCAGAUGUUGACAUCGAGGGCCACAAAGGAGGAUUUAAAAUGCCUAAAUUUAAAAUGCCAUCCUUUGGGCUGAAAGGCCCAAACGUUGAAGGGCCAGAAGUUGAUGUCAGCAUGCCGAAAGCUGAUAUUGAUAUCAAAGCACCUGAUGUUGACAUUAAAGGACCAGAGGUUGACAUAGAAGGACCGGACGCAAAACUGAAAGGACCCAAAUUCAGCAUGCCAACCAUUUCAGGACCAAAACUUUCCAUGCCAGAUGUGGAUUUCAAACUGAAAGGUCCCAAACUCAAAGGUGAUGUGGAUAUGUCAGUACCAAAGAUCGAAGGAGACGUUAAAACACCGAAGGUUGACGUUAAAGGUCCAGAGGCUGAUAUUAAAGGGCCAAAGGGUGGAUUUGAAAUGCCUAACAUCAAAAUGCCAUCAAUAUCAGGACCCAAGAUGCCAGAUUGGGAUAUUAAUCUGAAAGGACCCAAAAUAAAGGGAGAUGUCGACGUGUCAGUUCCAGAGAUUGAGGGUGACAUAAAAGCUCCCAAGGUCGAUAUUGAAGGACCAGAUGUUAACAUCGAGGGCCACAAAGGAGGAUUUAAAAUGCCUAAAUUUAAAAUGCCAUCCUUUGGGCUGAAAGGCCCAAACGUUGAAGGGCCAGAUGUUGAUGUCAGCCUCCCAAAAGCUGAUAUUGAUAUUAAAGCCCCUGAAAUGGAAAUCAAAGGACCAGAUAUUGACAUUGACAGUCCAAGUGGAAAAAUCAAAGGACCCAAAUUCAGCAUGCCAACCAUUUCAGGACCGAAACUUUCCAUGCCAGAUGUGGAUUUCAAGCUGAAAGGUCCCAAACUCAAAGGUGAUGUGGAUAUGUCAGUGCCAAAGAUCGAAGGAGACAUUAAAACACCGAAGGUUGACAUUAAAGGUCCAGAGGCUGAUAUUAAAGGGCCAAAGGGUGGAUUUGAAAUGCCUAACAUCAAAAUGCCAUCAAUUUCAGGACCCAAGAUGCCAGAUUGGGAUAUUAAUCUGAAAGGACCCAAAAUAAAGGGAGAUGUCGACGUGUCAGUUCCAAAGAUAGAGGGUGACAUAAAAGCUCCCAAGGUCGAUAUUGAAGGACCAGAUGUUGACAUCGAGGGCCACAAAGGAGGAUUUAAAAUGCCUAAAUUUAAAAUGCCAUCCUUCGGAGUGAAAGGUCCAAAUAUUGAAGGGCCAGAAGUUGACGUCAGCAUGCCGAAAGCUGAUAUUGAUAUUAAAGCACCUGAUGUUGACAUUAAAGGACCAGAGGUUGACAUAGAAGGACCGGAUGCAAAACUAAAAGGACCCAAAUUCAGCAUGCCAACAAUUUCAGGACCAAAACUUUCCAUGCCUGAUGUGGAUUUCAAGCUGAAAGGUCCCAAACUCAAAGGUGAUGUGGAUAUGUCAGCGCCAAAGAUCGAAGGAGACAUUAAAGGUCCAGAGGCUGAUAUUAAAGGGCCAAAGGGUGGAUUUGAAAUGCCUAACAUCAAAAUGCCAUCAAUUUCAGGACCCAAGAUGCCAGAUUGGGAUAUUAAUCUGAAAGGACCCAAAAUAAAGGGAGAUGUCGACGUGUCAGUUCCAAAGAUUGAGGGUGACAUAAAAGCUCCCAAGGUCGAUAUUGAAGGACCAGAUGUUGACAUCGAGGGCCACAAAGGAGGAUUUAAAAUGCCUAAAUUUAAAAUGCCAUCCUUUGGGAUGAAAGGUCCAAAUCUCGAAGGGCCAGAUGUUGAUGUCAGCCUCCCAAAAGCUGAUAUUGAUAUUAAAGUCCCUGACAUGGAAAUCAAAGGACCAGAAAUUGACAUUGACAGUCCAAGUGGAAAAAUCAAAGGACCCAAAUUCAACAUGCCAACUAUUUCAGGACCAAAACUUUCCAUGCCAGAUGUGGAUUUCAAUUUGAAAGGUCCCAAACUCAAAGGUGAUGUGGAUAUGUCAGCGCCAAAGAUCGAAGGAGACAUUAAAACACCAAAGGUUGACAUUAAAGGUCCAGAGGCUGAUAUUAAAGGGCCAAAGGGUGGAUUUGAAAUGCCUAACAUCAAAAUGCCAUCAAUAUCAGGACCCAAGAUGCCAGAUUGGGAUAUUAAUCUGAAAGGACCCAAAAUAAAGGGAGAUGUCGACGUGUCAGUUCCAAAGAUAGAGGGUGACAUAAAAGCUCCCAAGGUCGAUAUUGAAGGACCAGAUGUUGACGUCGAGGGCCACAAAGGAGGAUUUAAAAUGCCUAAAUUUAAAAUGCCAUCCUUUGGGCUGAAAGGCUCAAAUGUUGAAGGGCCAGAUGUUGAUGUCAGCCUCCCAAAGGCUGAUAUUGAUAUUAAAGCCCCUGAAAUGGAAAUCAAAGGACCAGAUAUUGACAUUGACAGUCCAAGUGGAAAACUGAAAGGACCCAAAUUCAGCAUGCCAACAAUUUCAGGACCGAAACUUUCCAUGCCAGAUGUGGAUUUCAAUUUGAAAGGUCCCAAACUCAAAGGUGAUGUGGAUAUGUCAGCGCCAAAGAUCGAAGGAGACAUUAAAACACCGAAGGUUGACAUUAAAGGUCCAGAGGCUGAUAUUAAAGGGCCAAAGGGUGGAUUUGAAAUGCCUAACAUCAAAAUGCCAUCGAUUUCAGGACCCAAGAUGCCAGAUUGGGAUAUUAAUCUGAAAGGACCCAAAAUAAAGGGAGAUGUCGACGUGUCAGUUCCAAAGAUAGAGGGUGACAUAAAAGCUCCCAAGGUCGAUAUUGAAGGACCAGAUGUUGACAUCGAGGGCCACAAAGGAGGAUUUAAAAUGCCUAAAUUUAAAAUGCCAUCCUUCGGAGUCAAAGGUCCAAAUAUUGAAGGGCCAGAUGUUGAUGUCAGCAUGCCGAAAGCUGAUAUUGAUAUCAAAGCACCUGAUGUUGACAUUAAAGGACCAGAGGUUGACAUAGAAGGACCGGACGCAAAACUGAAAGGACCCAAAUUCAGCAUGCCAACAAUUUCAGGACCAAAACUUUCCAUGCCAGAUGUGGAUUUCAAACUGAAAGGUCCCAAACUCAAAGGUGAUGUGGAUAUGUCAGUGCCAAAGAUCGAAGGAGACAUUAAAACACCGAAGGUUGACAUUAAAGGUCCAGAGGCUGAUAUUAAAGGGCCAAAGGGUGGAUUUGAAAUGCCUAACAUCAAAAUGCCAUCAAUAUCAGGACCCAAGAUGCCAGAUUGGGAUAUUAAUCUGAAAGGACCCAAAAUAAAGGGAGAUGUCGACGUGUCAGUUCCAAAGAUUGAGGGUGACAUAAAAGCUCCCAAGGUCGAUAUUGAAGGACCAGAUGUUGACAUCGAGGGCCACAAAGGAGGAUUUAAAAUGCCUAAAUUUAAAAUGCCAUCCUUUGGGCUGAAAGGCCCAAACGUUGAAGGGCCAGAUGUUGAUGUCAGCCUCCCAAAAGCUGAUAUUGAUAUUAAAGCCCCUGAAAUGGAAAUCAAAGGACCAGAAAUUGACAUUGACAGUCCAAGUGGAAAAAUCAAAGGACCCAAAUUCAGCAUGCCAACAAUUUCAGGACCAAAACUUUCCAUGCCAGAUGUGGAUUUCAAUUUGAAAGGUCCCAAACUCAAAGGUGAUGUGGAUAUGUCAGCGCCAAAGAUCGAAGGAGACAUUAAAACACCGAAGGUUAACAUUAAAGGUCCAGAGGCCGAUAUUAAAGGGCCAAAGGGUGGAUUUGAUAUGCCUAACAUCAAAAUGCCAUCAAUUUCAGGACCCAAGAUGCCAGAUUGGGAUAUUAAUCUGAAAGGACCCAAAAUAAAGGGAGAUGUCGACGUGUCAGUUCCAAAGAUUGAGGGUGACAUAAAAGCUCCCAAGGUCGAUAUUGAAGGACCAGAUGUUAACAUCGAGGGCCACAAAGGAGGAUUUAAAAUGCCUAAAUUUAAAAUGCCAUCCUUCGGGGUGAAAGGUCCAAAUCUCGAAGGGCCAGAAGUUGAUGUCAGCAUGCCGAAAGCUGAAAUUGAUAUCAAAGCACCUGAUGUUGACAUUAAAGGACCAGAGGUUGACAUAGAAGGACCAGAUGCAAAACUGAAAGGACCCAAAUUCAGCAUGCCAACAAUUUCAGGACCGAAACUUUCCAUGCCAGAUGUGGAUUUCAAACUGAAAGGUCCCAAAAUCAAAGGUGAUGUGGAUAUGUCAGCGCCAAAGAUCGAAGGAGACGUUAAAACACCUGACUUUGACAUCAAAGGUCCACAGGUUGAUAUUGAAGGUCCGAAAGGUGGAUUUGAAAUGCCCAAAAUCAAAAUGCCAUCAUUUGGCUUCAAAGGUCCGAAAGUGGAGGGUCCAGAUGUUGAUAUAAACCUUCCCAAAGGAAACAUUGACAUGAAAUCACCUGCUGUUGACAUUAAAGGGCCAGAGAUUGACAUUGAACGACCUGAUGCAAAGCUCAAAGGACCGAAAUUCAGCAUGCCAACCAUUUCAGGACCGAAACUUUCCAUGCCAGAUGUGGAUUUCAAUCUGAGUGGACCCAAACUCAAAGGUGAUGUAGAUCUGUCAUCUCCAAAGAUAGAGGGAGACAUUAAAACACCUACGGUUGACAUUAAAGUUCCAGAGGCUGAUAUUAAAGGGCCAAAGGGUGGAUUUGAAAUGCCUAACAUCAAAAUGCCAUCAAUAUCAGGACCCAAGAUGCCAGAUUGGGAUAUUAAUCUGAAAGGACCCAAAAUAAAGGGCGAUGUCGAUGUUUCAGUUCCAAAGAUUGAGGGUGACAUAAAAGCUCCCAAGGUUGAUAUUGAAGGACCAGAUGUUGACAUUGAGGGCCACAAAGGAGGAUUUAAAAUGCCUAAAUUUAAAAUGCCAUCCUUUGGGAUGAAAGGCCCAAACGUUGAAGGGCCAGAUGUUGAUGUCAGCCUCCCAAAAGCUGAUAUUGAUAUUAAAGCCCCUGAAAUGGAAAUCAAAGGACCAGAUAUUGACAUUGACAGUCCAAGUGGAAAAAUCAAAGGACCCAAAUUCAGCAUGCCAACCAUUUCAGGACCAAAACUUUCCAUGCCAGAUGUGGAUUUCAAUCUGAGAGGACCGAAACUCAAAGGUGAUGUUGAUGUGGUAACUCCAAAGAUCGAAGGAGACAUUAAAACACCUGAAGUUAAGAUCAAGGGUCCUACCGUUGACUUAGAAUCUCCAGAAGGACAACUUAGUGGGCCAAAGGUGAAGUUACCAAAAAUGUCUGGACCGAAAAUAUCAUUGCCAGAUGUUGACAUCAAUGUGAAGGGGCCAAAGGUCAAGGGUGAUUUCAAAGGGGAUGUUCAGUUGCCAAAAGCUGAACUUGAGGGACCAGAUGUCACCAUUGAUGUUCCAGAAAUUGGUGCAAAGAAAGCUAAAUUCAAAAUGCCAAAAUUUGGAUUUAAGGGUUCAAAGAUAAAGGCCCCAGACACAGACGUGAAAAUGGCAAAAGGUGAUAUAAGUAUCAAAGGGAUGACUGGUAGCUCUGAAGGUCUUGAUCUUGACCUGGGAUUGACUGGUUCAAAAACUAAAGGAUCCAAAUUCAAGAUGCCAAAAUUUGGUUUCAAAGGCCCAAAAGUUGAAAUGCCAGAAGUUGAUGUUAAUCCGAACAUUUCCAUGCCAGAUGUGGAUUUUAAUGUGAAAGGUCCCAAACUCAAAGGGGAUUUGGAUGUGUCAGUUCCAAAGAUUAAGGGAGACAUAACAGGGCCUGAAGUUGACAUCAAAGGUCCAGAUAUGGAAUGUUCAAAGGGGGGAUUUGAAAUGCCUAAAAUUAAAAUGCCAUCUUUCAGCAUUAAGAGUCCCAAAGUAGAGGGCCCUGAUGUUGACAUUGAUCUUCCAAAAGCUGAUAUGGAGAUCAAAGCACCUGGAAUUGACAUGAAGGGGCAAGACAUUGAUGUUGAAGGCCCUGAUGCAAAAUUGAAAGGACCCAAAUUAAAGUUGCCAUCCGUACAAGCACCAAAGAUGCCAGACUGGGAUAUCAAUCUGAAAGGUCCAAAACUGAAAGGAGAUGUGAAUAUGAAAGGUCCUAAGAUUGAGGGAGAUAUUGAAACUCCUAAAAUAGACGUUGAAGUACCAGACAUUGACAUUGACAGUCCAAGUGCAAAAAUAAAGGGGCCAAAAUUCAAGAUGCCAACUAUCUCAGGACCGAAGAUUUCCAUGCCAGAUAUGGAUUUCAAUUUGAAAGGUCCCAAACUCAAAGGUGAUGUGGAUUUGUCAGUGCCAAAGAUUAAAGGAGACAUAAAAACACCUGAUUUUGACAUCAAAGGUCCACAGGUUGAUGUUGAAGGUUCAAAAGGUGGAUUUGAAAUGCCUAAAAUCAAAAUGCCAUCAUUUGGUUUCCAAGGUCCAAAAGUGGAGGGUCACGAUGUUGAUAUUAACCUUCCCAAGGCUAAAAUUGAUGUUAAAGCACCUGACGUUGACAUUAAAGGACCAGAGAUUGACAUUGAAGGACCUGAUGCAAAACUCAAAGGACCCAAAAUCAAAAUGCCAUCAGUAUCGGGACCCAAGAUGCCAGAUUGGGAUAUUAAUCUGAAAGGGCCAAAAAUAAAGGGAGAUGUUGACGUGUCAGUUCCAAAGAUCGAGGGUGACAUUAAAGGUCCCAAGGUCGAUAUUGAAGGACCAGAUGUUGACAUCGAGGGCCACAAAGGAGGAUUUAAAAUGCCUAAAUUUAAAAUGCCAUCCUUCGGAGUGAAAGGUCCAAAUAUUGAAGGGCCAGAAGUUGAUGUCAGCAUGCCGAAAGCUGAUAUUGAUAUCAAAGCACCUGAUGUUGACAUUAAAGGACCAGAGGUUGACAUAGAAGGACCGGACGCAAAACUGAAAGGACCCAAAUUCAGCAUGCCAACAAUUUCAGGACCAAAACUUUCCAUGCCUGAUGUGGAUUUCAAGCUGAAAGGUCCCAAACUCAAAGGUGAUGUGGAUUUGUCAGCACCAAAGAUGGAGGGAGACAUUGAAACACCUGAGUUUGAUAUCAAAGGUCCACAGGCUGAUAUUGAAGGUCUGAAAGGUGGAUUUGAAAUGCCUAAAAUCAAAAUGCCAUCAUUUGGCAUUAAAGGUCCAAAAGUAGAGGGUCCAGAUGUUGAUAUAAAUCUUCCCAAAGCAAACAUUGACGUGAAAGCACCUGACGUUGACAUCAAAGGACCAGAUUUUGACAUUGAGUGCCCAAGUGGUAAAAUCAAAGGACCCAAAUUCAACAUGCCAAACAUUUCAGGACCAAAACUUUCCAUGCCAGAUGUGGAUUUCAAGCUGAAAGGUCCCAAACUUAAAGGUGAUGUGGAUAUGUCAGCGCCAAAGAUCGAAGGAGACAUUGAAACACCUGACAUUGACAUCAAAGGUCCACAGGUUGAUAUCAAAGGACCUAAGGGAGGAUUUGACAUGCCUAAAAUCAAAAUGCCAUCAUUUGGAUUCAAAGGUCCAAAAGUAGAGGGUCCAGAUGUUGAUAUAAACCUUCCCAAGGCAAACAUUGACAUGAAAGCACCUGAUGUUGACAUUAAAGGGCCAGAGAUAGAUGUUGCAGGCCCUGAUGCAAAACUCAAAGGACCCAAAAUCAAAAUGCCAUCAAUGUCAGGACCUACAAUGCCAGAUUGGGAUAUUAGUCUGAAAGGGUCCAAAAUAAAGGGAGAUGUCGACGUGUCAGUUCCAAAGAUUGAGGGUGAUAUAAAAGCUCCCAAGGUCCAUAUUGAAGGACCAGAUGUUGACAUUGAUGGCCACAAAGGAGGAUUUAAAAUGCCUAAAUUUAAAAUGCCAUCCUUUGGGCUGAAAGGUCCAAAUGUUGAAGGGCCAGAUGUUGAUGUCAGCCUCCCGAAAGCUGAUAUUGAUAUUAAAGCCCCUGAAUUGGAUAUCAAAGGACCAGAUUUUAACAUUGACAGUCCAAGUGGAAAAAUCAAAGGACCCAAAUUCAGCAUGCCAACAAUUUCAGGACCGAAACUUUCCAUGCCAGAUGUGGAUUUCAAACUGAAAGGUCCCAAACUCAAAGGUGAUGUGGAUAUGUCAGUGCCAAAGAUCGAAGGAGACGUUGAAACACCUGACCUUGACAUCAAAGGUCCACAGGUUGAUAUCAAAGGGCAUACGGGUGGAUUUGACAUGCCUAAAAUCAAAAUGCCAUCAUUUGGAUUCAAAGGUCCAAAAGUAGAGGGUCCAGAUGUUGAUAUAAACCUUCCCAAGGCAAACAUUGACGUGAAAGCACCUGAUGUUGACAUUAAAGGGCCAGAGAUAGAUGUUGCAGGCCCUGAUGCAAAACUCAAAGGACCCAAAAUCAAACUGCCAUCAAUGUCAGGACCCACAAUGCCAGAUUGGGAUAUUAGUGUGAAAGGACCCAAGGUGAAGGGAGAUGUUGACGUGUCAAUUCCAAAGAUUGAGGGUGAUAUAAAAGCUCCUAAGGUCGAUAUUGAAGGACCAGAUGUUGACAUUGAGGGCCACAAAGGAGGAUUUAAAAUGCCUAAAUUUAAAAUGCCAUCUUUUGGGCUGAAAGGUCCAAAUGUUGAAGGGCCAGAUGUUGAUGUCAGCCUCCCGAAAGCUGAAAUUGAUAUUAAAGCCCCUGAAUUGGAUAUCAAAGGACCAGAUUUUAACAUUGACAGUCCAAGUGGAAAAAUCAAAGGACCCAAAUUCAACAUGCCAAACAUUUCAGGACCAAAACUUUCCAUGCCAGAUGUGGAUUUCAAACUGAAAGGUCCCAAACUCAAAGGUGAUGUGGAUAUGUCAGUGCCAAAGAUCGAAGGAGACGUUGAAACACCUGACCUUGACAUCAAAGGUCCACAGGUUGAUAUCAAAGGGCCUACGGGUGGAUUUGACAUGCCUAAAAUCAAAAUGCCAUCAUUUGGAUUCAAAGGUCCAAAAGUAGAGGGUCCAGAUGUUGAUAUAAACCUUCCCAAGGCAAACAUUGACGUGAAAGCACCUGAUGUUGACAUUAAAGGGCCAGAGAUAGACGUUGCAGGCCCUGAUGCAAAACUCAAAGGACCAAAAAUCAAACUGCCAUCAAUGUCAGGACCCACAAUGCCAGAUUGGGAUAUUAAUCUGAAAGGGCCCAAGGUGAAGGGAGAUGUUGACGUGUCAGUUCCAAAGAUUGAGGGUGAUAUAAAAGCUCCUAAGGUCGAUAUUGAAGGACCAGAUGUUGACAUUGAGGGUCACAAAGGAGGAUUUAAAAUGCCUAAAUUUAAAAUGCCAUCUUUUGGGAUGAAAGGUCCAAAUGUUGAAGGUCCAGAUGUUGAUGUCAGCCUCCCAAAGGCUGAUAUUGAUAUUAGCCCUGAAUUGGACAUAAAAGGACCAGAUAUUGACAUUGACAGUCCAAGUGGAAAAAUCAAAGGACCCAAAUUCAACAUGCCAACCAUUUCAGGACCAAAACUUUCCAUGCCAGAUGUGGAUUUCAAGCUAAAAGGUCCCAAACUCAAAGGUGAUGUGGACAUGUCAGUGCCAAAGAUCGAGGGAGACAUUGAAACGCCUGACUUUGACAUCAAAGGUCCACAGGUUGAUAUCAAAGGGCCUAAGGGUGGAUUUGACAUGCCUAAAAUCAAAAUGCCAUCAUUUGGAUUCAAAGGUCCAAAAGUAGAGGGUCCAGAUGUUGAUAUUAACCUUCCCAAGGCUAACAUUGAUUUGAAAGCACCUGCCCUUGAUAUUAAAGGGCCAGAGAUUGACAUUGCAGGUCCUGAUGCAAAUCUUAAAGGACCAAAAAUCAAACUGCCAUCAAUGUCAGGACCCGCAAUGCCAGAUUGGGAUAUUAGUGUGAAAGGACCCAAGGUGAAGGGAGAUGUCGACGUGUCAGUUCCAAAGAUUGAGGGUGACAUAAAAGCUCCCAAGGUCGAUAUUGAAGGACCAGAUGUUGACAUUGAUGGUCACAAAGGAGGAUUUAAAAUGCCUAAAUUUAAAAUGCCAUCCUUUGGGCUGAAAGGUCCAAAUGUUGAAGGGCCAGAUGUUGAUGUCAGCCUCCCGAAAGCUGAUAUUGAUAUUAAAGCCCCUGAAUUGGACAUCAAAGGACCAGAUUUUGACAUUGACAGUCCAAGUGGAAAAAUCAAAGGACCCAAAUUCAACAUGCCAACCAUUUCAGGACCAAAACUUUCCAUGCCAGAUGUGGAUUUCAAGCUAAAAGGUCCCAAACUCAAAGGUGAUGUGGACAUGUCAGUGCCAAAGAUCGAAGGAGACAUUGAAACGCCUGACUUUGACAUUAAAGGUCCACAGGUUGAUAUCAAAGGGCCUAAGGGUGGAUUUGACAUGCCUAAAAUGAAAAUGCCAUCAUUUGGAUUCAAAGGUCCAAAAGUAGAGGGUCCAGAUGUUGAUAUAAACCUUCCCAAGGCAAACAUUGAUGUGAAAGCACCUGGCCUUGACAUUAAAGGGCCAGAGAUUGACAUUGACAGUCCAAGUGGAAAAAUCAAAGGACCCAAAUUCAACAUGCCAACCAUUUCAUCCCCGAAAAUAUCUAUGCCAAAUAUGGAUCUCAAUCUGAAAGGUCCCAAACUCAAAGGUGAUGUGGAUUUGUCAGCUCCAAAGAUUGAAGGAGACGUUAAAACACCUCAUGUUGAUAUCAAAGGUCCAGAAGUCAACAUUGAAGGGCCUAAGGGUGGAUUUGAAAUACCUAAAAUCACAAUGCCAUCAUUUAACAUGAAAGGUCCAAAAGUGGAGGGCCCAGAUGUUGAUAUUAACCUUCCCAAAGCUAACAUUGAUGUGAAAGCACCUGGGGUUCAUAUUAAAUCCCCAGAGAUUGACAUUGAAGGCCCUGAUGCAAAAAUCAAAGGACCAAAAUUCAACAUGCCAUCCGUUUCAGGUCCUAAAAUAUCCAUGCCAAAUGUGGAUUUCAAUCUGAAAAGUCCCAAACAUAAAGGUGAUGUGGAUGUCUCAGCUCCAAAGAUAGAGGGAGGCAUUAAAACCCCUGGCAUUGACAUUAAAGGUCCAGAGGUUGAUAUUGAAGGGCCAAAGGGUGGAUUUGAAAUGCCUAAAAUCAAAACGCCUUCAUUUGGCUUUAAAGGUCCACAGUUGGAAGGCCCAGGCAUUGAUGUCAGCCUUCCCAAAUCUAAUAUUGAUGUUAAAGCACCUGAGCUUGACAUCAACCUAAAAGGGUCCAAAGUCAAAGGAAAGAUGGAUGCAACAGUGCCCAAAGUGGAAGGAGAUAUCAAAGGUCCAAAUGCUAACAUUGCAGUACCCACCAUCACUAUGGAAGGUGUGUCUAUUGAGCCUGUAAAUACAGGUGUUACAUUUCCCAAGUUCAAAGGUCCUAAGUUUGGAAUGAAAUCCACAGACGUGGAGGGGCCUGAAUCCAUUGUGAAGACACCCACGUUUAGUGUGGGAGCAAAAGAUUCCAAAAAAGAAGUUAGUCUCCCAGAUACUGAAGCAAGUCUUGAUGUCCCUGAUGUUGACAUCAAUGUAAAGGGGAAAAAGGGAAAAUUUAAACUUCCUAAAGUCAAAGGAAAGGCAAAGAAACCUGAUGUUGACAUAGAAACACCAGCUGUAAACCUGGAUGUAGACACCCCUAAUAUUCAUGUCAAAGGCAAAAAGGUAAAGAAGCUUUUUGGUAAGCUUAAUUUUCCUGAUGUGGAAUUAGAUAUCAAAUCACCAAAAACGAAAGGCGAUGGAUCGUUAUCAGAAGGAAUGAAAUCAUCUGACGUAGAUUUGCGAUCUGCUAGCUUGAACACGGCCAUUGAAGGUUCUGGGACUGGCAGUCCAAAUGUUCAUUUGCAAGGGCCAGAUGUGAAAUUGAAGACUCCUAAUAUUAAAAUGUCAAAUGUAAACAUAUCUACCCCUGAUAUUGAUGCAAAUCUAAACAGACAAGGAGAGGCAGGUAUUUCUGCAGGUUUCAAAGGCAAAAAUAUAAAUGUGAAAGGUGGUGCAGAGAUUGAUGCAAGUGUUUCAGGGGAUAAUGCCACUGGUGACCUUCAUUACCCAGAGGGUACUGUAACAUUUCCCAAAAUGAAGGUACCAAAAUUUGGUAUUGCUCUGCCUCAGUUGGAAGGACAGCAUGGUGGAGGAAAUGUUGAAUCAGAACUUGCUGCUAGUGGAGACAUCAACAUUCAGUCUCCAUCUGUUAGCUGCCAAGUCAGUUCACAAAAUAUUGAGGUUCCCAGUCCAGAAAUAAGGCACAGUGAGGGCAAAGUAAAAGUAAAGAUGCCAAUUUUUGGCAAAUCAAAGGCAAAGGGCAGUAGUGUAGGUGACCUUCGGGGACCAGAGGUAGAACUGAGCACUAGUGGAAAAGGCGGUAAGGUCUCUAAAGAUGUAAGUGUACAUACUGGUGAACUGAUGGGUGGAAAAUUUGAGGGUGACCCUGGACUCAGUGUGUCAACUAAAGGCAAGUCCGCCUCACUGGAUCUAUUUAAGAAAUCAAGGCAUCGGUCUUCUUCUCUCAGUGAUGAAGGGGGGCUUGCAGUUAGUUCUCCUUCCGGUCACUUAGAAGCUGAGGGUGGUGACAUUUCAUUAGACCUUGGAGAAAGCAAGGUCAAAGGAAAGAAAGGAAAGUUGAAGUUUGGUACCUUUGGAGGUUUUGGUUCAAAGUCAAAGGGCUCAUACGAAGUGACGCUUGGUGAGGAGAGUGAAGCAGGAGUGGAGGGCAGUGCAGGUGUUUCUCUAGCCUCUAAAAAAUCGAGAUUGUCUUCGUCUUCCAGCAAUGACAGUGGUUCAAAAGGAGGUUUCAGGUUCCCAAGACUUGAACUAUCUGUUUCACCAAAAAAAGAUUAAUUAUGAGGCAAAUUAAACUCUCUCAUGUACAUGCAAAUGCACUCUCCUAAAAUGGCAAAUUCAUCAAAUUGUUUAAAACCUGAGAGGACAAACACAGUCAUCUCAGUUUUAAUGACUUUUUAAUGACUAACUAUUAUUUUCAGUAAUUAGACAGGAGUGCAUGAGAUUGUUUAAAUUCCCUUCAAACUGUAAAUAAGAUUAAUUUGUAUUGUAAUAAUAAAUAUUUCUUUUUGUACAUAGACAAGAUUUAUUGAACAUAUGCCAUUUCACCAAAUUUUCAACAAUAGUUUAUAACAGGGUUUGUCAUUUAUUUCAUUUUAUUAAAUGAAUGUUGUUAAUGAACGGGUGUGGUAUAUUUGUAUCCAGGGACAGAAGAGAUAGUUACAGUAGUUAUUUUGAAGGAAAAUGUUGUUUAUACAAAAAUAUUAAACAGUUCCAAUUUUUCUUUAUGUAAGAAAUGAUUUAAUUUUCAAGCUUUGAUAUUAUAUAAUCAGUGCAGAAGCAGAAUUUACUCAUCAUAGAGCUGGUCCUUCAUAACACAUUCUAAAGAGUGGUGGUGUUGUAUAUACCAUAAUUACAAAAACAAUCACUGUCAACUCUGUCAAUAGUUGUCAGUACUUUUAUUCACCCUUAAAUUCUGUGCCAUUUACCAUAAAUAUGCAUUUGUUUCAUUUGUUUUAAACAUGUUUUGUUUCUUUAUCCUGUCAUUUUAAUUUUCAUUUCAUAUUUUAUGAUCCUCUAUAUUUUAUUUUCUGUCAAUCUGUCUUUGUACACACACCUUAUGAUUAAGUAAAAAAUAAACAGUCACUUUUUGAUCUAAUUUGUUUGCAAAAAAAAUCUGUGUUGAUAAGAGAGUUGAUGGAGAUAAAGCAUGAUUCUUUGGGUCUAUUAUUUUGUGUGCAUUCUGCCAAUCAAACUCAAUAAAAAGAUUUAUAAAAUGUAUAACAUUU